GAUAGAAUUAUUAUGGAUCAAUAUGUAACAAAUAGUUGGAACCAGGAAGGAACAGACUAUGUUAGAGUCGAGGUGGUUGUUACUAAUGUUGGAUCUGCUCUUUUGAAUGAUAUUAUGGUCGAUGAUUCUCAACUUAAGCCAUAUCAAACUCAAUUGUGGGGAGCCAAGCAAGGUGAGAAGGGUAUCUCAUUCCCAUCAUAUCAAAGCUCUCUAUUAUCUGGUCAGAAUUGUACUUUUGGUUACAUUGCCAAGUUGAGUGAGCCUGCUCAGAUCUGGAUCAGGAACAUUGAGAUCAUAUAA